GUCGGCGAUGGCGGAGGAAGACGAUCCGGAGCGGCGGGGCAGGCAUAAUCCAAUGUCCAACGUCCCGAUCAUUCCGGUCAUCAUGUUCCUCGCGCCGUGCGCGUUCUUCCUGUUCACGUCAGACCUGGGGCUCCCGCGCAUCCGCAUCGAGUAUUCAAGCCGCGACGCUCCGGCCAGCGCGCCCGCGAAGAAGCCGCUGCGCCAGCUGACCGACCGUCCGUACACGCUGGGCGCGGCCGUGUCCGACUACGAUGCCCACAGAGCGGCGUGGCUCGCCGCGCACCCGCGGUUCCCGGCCUCCGUCGCGCCGGGGCGGCCGCGCGUGCUGGUGGUCACCGGUUCGUCGCCGCGCCGGUGCAGCAAACCAGACGGCGACCAGUUGCUCCUCCGCGCGUUCAAGAACAAGGCGGACUACUGCCGCGUCCACGGCUUCGACAUCUUCUACAGCAACGCGGUGCUGGACGCCGAGAUGUCGGGGUUCUGGACGAAGCUGCCGCUGCUGCGCGCGCUGAUGGUGGCGCACCCGGAGACGGAGCUCCUCUGGUGGGUGGACUCCGACGUUAUCUUCACGGACAUGCUGUUCGAGCCGCCGUGGGGCAAGUACGCGCGCCAUAACCUGGUGCUCCCCGGCUGGGACGACGCGGUGUACGACGCCAAGAGCUGGCUCGGCACCAACGCCGGAAGCUUCGUGAUCCGGAACUGCCAGUGGUCGCUGGACCUCCUCGACGCGUGGGCGAAGAUGGGGCCGCGCGGCCCGGUGCGCGAGCACUACGGGAAGAUCUUCGGGGAGGCGCUGUCGAACCGGGGGGCGUACGAGGCGGACGACCAGUCGGCGAUCGUGUACCUGCUGGUGACGGAGCGAGAGAGGUGGGGGGACAAGGUGUUCCUGGAGAGCUCCUACGUGUUGCACGGCUACUGGAAGGGCAUCGUGGACCGGUACGAGGAGCUGCGGAGCAAGUGGCGGCCGGGGCUCGGCGACGACCGGUGGCCGCUCGUCACGCACUUCGUCGGCUGCAAGCCGUGCGGGGGGCAAGGCGCCAGCUACGAUGCCGCGGAGUGCCGGCGAGGCAUGGAGCGCGCGCUCAACUUCGCCGACGACCAGAUACUCAACCUCUACGGCUUCCAGCACCGGUCGCUCAACACCACGGCCGUGCACCGCGUCAGGAACGACACCGGACAGCCGAUGGACGCCGACGACGAGGAGAUCGGCCGGCUCCUGCACCCGACGUUUAGAGCCGCUAGGCCAUCGUAAUCUACUCCGAUCAAGUAACAGCUUCUUCAAUUAGUUUGGAUGUGAACGUGCUUAACAUCUGAACAUGCAACGUGUAAUACUUGCAGACGCAAAUUUCUACAAGUGUAUAUAGACAUCAAUUGUUCAUA